AUGCAACUCAAAAACUUCUUCCUCCUAGCGACCGUCGUCGUCGGCGUUUCAGCACAGGCGGUUUCGAGCCGUGGCGAUGUCCAAAUUGAGCGGUGAGUCCCGUCCUCGCUUCUCGCUUGCCGAAUACAUGGACCACCGCUGACCUCUUCCUCCCUUUACCCCUUGUUCAUGAUCAGUUCCGACAACAAUGCUGAGGGCAAAAUUGAAGGGUUCGAAGUCGUUCGACGAAGCGUCAUCACGAACACCCCCUGCCAGUACGUAGUAACCAGUAACUCCUGCUCUCGCGGCUGCACUGCCCGCGCUCAUGUCUUCAGCUGUCCUGAGAUAGCUUAUUUCAUCUCACCUGUCUGCUCUCUUCAGUCGUUGCGUUCACGCUUGCGAGACACAGUUUCCUAGUCCGCUUGCCGGGUAAGCGAGGCCCUGGCUUUGCAGGAGUCGGAAUGUUGGCAGCUGCAGUGCGCCCAAGUCCACUUCGACUGUGUAUGAUCCUGCUCCAUUCUCGUUUAAUGUCUACGCUGACGACGUGUUUCACUGCCUUUCUUCUCCGUUUCUAUUGCCCACUUUUUUGGUGUCUCACAUCAGACAUCAUCAUGCGCCAGGAUACCAGGCCUGCUGGGACGGAUGCCAAAAAAUAAAGUGCAAGCAGGGUUGA